AUGGAUCAUUAUAUAUCAAAGAUUGCUCUAUUAACGGACAGGAUCCCUGUAGUGCUGCAAAUCAUUACCAUACUACACCAUUUGAAACGCUGGACUGGCUUCGAAAUUGUUGUAAGGAUAGAAGAAGUCUUAUGCAUGCCUUAUAGCGAUGUUGAAAAGUGCUACCCAGAUCAAAGAGAUGCUAUCAUUGUUAUCGUCCGGUACAACAUUUGCAAGCAGAGAUUGGACAGCAAGGUAGCCGCUCUGCAGAUUCUUCAUCGAGAACUAGCAUCCUGUCAAUUAGAAAGGGAUCUGUAUAAAACAAAGUACAAUCAAUUGGUACAAGAAAGAAAUGGGGAAACCGUAACCUCAUCGACAACUAAAUAUUCUUGGGAUGAUGAGAAAGAUGACAAUUUUUACACGAAAUCCUUGGACAGAGAUGCGCGUUAUAUUCAUGAAUCAAGUCGUAAUAAGGGUAUGAUUCAAAUUUUAUGCGAUGCACGGAUGCAAAUUAAACGCUUGCAACUAGAUCUGGAUCAUAUCAGACAAAGAUUUUGCGAAGCCCAAGGAGAUAUUAAACUUUUGAGAGAAAAAGCUAAGCGGCGCCAGCAACAAAUGGUACGCAGUUUAACUCAAGAACACUCUCAUAUACAAGAAGACGAGCGUAAGAAAUUAGUUUUGGAGCUGGAAUCUGCUAAUGAAAAGAUUAUCCAAUAUGAACGAUUUAUUAAAGAUGUAACCGAUGAAAAAAGUGAAUUAGAAAUUGAACGGGAUUCCCAUCGCGAUAAAGCUAGUAGAUUGAAUCAAGAAUUAAAUUAUAUGAUUACUGGCGAUGAUAAACGAAUUUAUGAUAUCGAUGAACUCAUAGUAGAAAACAGAUAUUUAAAGGAGAGGUUGAAGCAGUGUGUAGAAGAAAAGAAAAUUGCCUUACAAACUGUUUCUAAACUAAAGUCCGCUCUUGAUAAGUGCAAGUUAAAAAGUGUAAGAUUUAACUUAUCCGAUUUAACGGGAGGAUCAAUUAUGUCCAGCUCUCCAAGAAAAUCCAAAGCUGGUGCAAAUUUAAAAGUUGGGAAUGCGUCUACAACAUUCUCCGAUUUGCAAGCCCUAGCAACAUCCCUACAAGAAACUGUAACUGAUAAAAACACCGCAUUGCUCCAUCAAAGGCGAACCAAUAGGAUCCUAGGUGCACGUGUGGCUGAAUUAGAAAAGAAACUUAAAAAUUUUGAAAUUGCAGGGUCAAUUGGUUUAGCAGAUUGUUCAUCUAGUAUCGAAGAACUAGAAAAACAACAAAAAAUGCUACAUCAGCGUCUAGCAAAUGUAAUUUCGAUAUUAGAACAACGACGCAAGCAACGGAAAUACAGUGAAAUGGAAAGUAACAGUAUCAAUCGAAGUUUUGAUUAUACAGUUAUCGAUUCAGAAGUUUGUUCUCCAGUUACUCUAAAACCCAGUACUAAUGAAAUUUGGGCUGAAAAAGAUAAUUUCCGCUUUAAUCCAAGUUUAUUUGAAUCUCAAGACGGUCACAAUUGUAAUCAUGAAAACUCUAACGAUCAAUCUACAAAUAGCCAUAAUCAUCCUGACCAAGACUGUCAAUCUAAUGGCGAUCAUUCUUCAGUUGUGGAAUCCAAUUCCUAA